AUGCGGAAAUCGAGUCUCCUUUGGAGGUUUCCUGCAAUCUUAUUUCCUGGAACUAAAGCUAUGGGCAUACAUAUCCUCGUGUAUGGCCAGAAUUCACAAGGCAUCAUUCUGAACGUUACUACGUACAUUAUGCCACCAAGCGAGAAUUCGAAAAUUGGAUGUGCGUGUCACGCCAUCGCCCGAAGAGAUGGCGAAGGAUACCAACAGAGAAAAUUUGACAUGAAGGUGGCCCCUCGAGCCAUUGAAAUUGCCAUUAGGUCCCCAAUUUCUCGCUCACCUCCUCUCCUCCUCUCUCCUUCCUCCUCCUCACACCACGCCGCCCUCCGCCGCCUCCUCGCCGACGCCAAGCUCCCUCGUCUACGCCGGCUGGCUCCCAGGCCAAAUACGACUCGGGCUCCGCCUAACCAAUUCAAACGGUCGACUCCUCCUUUCCUCCCGUCGGCGGACUCGCCUCCUCUCCCUACGGGAGUUCACUCCAACAGCGCCUCCCCCUUCGUCCACCGUCUACGGGGGCGCUCUACCAGUGCCGCGGCGACCUGGACACGCCGUCCUUGCCGUCCUGCGUUGCGCGCCGCCCUGUCCAGCUCUUCGCCGCUUCUGCCCGUCUUCGUCGCCGCCGCCGUCCAGCUCUCCGGCUGCUUCCUACGCUAUGACAACGAAUCCUUUAUUGGAAAGGAGGAAACUAAUCUCCUCUACAAGAAGUGUGGGGCCACUAACGGAUAUGAUCCCAAUUUGAUCGGAAUGCGGGACGACGCGCUGUCAGCCAUCGCGUCGUCGGGGGGCACCGGUGGCACAUACCGAGUCAGUGCAUCGGGCUACGUGCAGGCGGCGGCGCAGUGCGUCGGAGACUUGAGCGCAAAGGAUUGCUCCGACUGCAUAUCCACCGCUAUCAACCAACUCAAGAGCGUCUGCGGUGACGCCGUCUCCGGCGAGGUGUACCUCGGAAAAUGCUUUGCCAAGUACUACACCGGCGGCGCCUUUGCCUCUUCUACUUCAACGUCGACGCCGUCGUCUUCGGGGUAUUAUGACCAUCGCGACGAGAGCACUGAAGAAGCAGGGAAGACACUAGCAAUUAUACUUGGCCUUAUUGCUGGGGUUGCCCUAAUAAUUGUUUUUGCGUCCUUCAUUAGAAGAGCUGGAAGCAAUAAACUUUAGUGGCUUUGCUCUCAAGGGUGGGUGGCAAAUUGGCAGAAGAGGACUUUGUUUCUAUCUUACUUUGAACUCCACCUUUUGGCUUUUUAGGAAUCCUUUUUUCAUAAUUUUUCAGAAAGAUAAGGGGUACCUUUAACAAAGGUAGGAUAAGUAAAGCAAGUCACC